ACAGAGCAGCAGCGUUUUCCUUCGACAACCAACAAGCACACUGAUUGAAGAUUCGCAUCACUUCUAAGAUAGAAGAAUUCUAGCACAUCUACUACAUACAGCAUUCCUGUUACUAGAAGUGAAGUAGCACAUCAAGUUUUCAUUCGCCAAACCUCUUUCUAAAAUCCUUUAUCUUUAAAGCCUUGUCUUCAGUUGUACAUUUUCAACGCCAACGAUAAUUUUUUCGAACCGAGAAAAAAUGACGCGGCCGCCACAAAACGAGACCGCAAAGAUUCCGAAACUGGGCAACUACGAGCCUUCCUCUGCAGCCUCAGCCUCGGAUUCCUAUCGUUAUGCAGCAGAUGACGAAAAGGAAAAAGCUGCGCUUUUGGAGACGCCGAAGCAACCGGAGUCGAUUCUGGGGUCCGAGAACAUCGGUGACUAUGCUUCGAAAAAGAUGAUGGUAUUGAUUGUGUUUACCGCAGUGUUGAGCAGUUUUAACAUGGGUUUGCUCAUUUCCGGGGCUCAAACCGCGAUCGAGUUCAUUCACCUGGCCUUCGAAACGUGCGGAAGGGACGCGAGUGGAAGUCGGAUCGUGCAAUGCGACGACGACAAUGAACUGCUG